AUGAACUGCCCUUCACGUACAGACGAGGACCUCGUCCACCCCGACUGGAACCAGAAUCCUCCCUUGUUACCCUCGGAUUUGACCAAGAGGGAAGACCUCAACGGCCGUGUCAAUGAUAGGCAACAUCGAGACGGGCGAGACUUGUCGUCCUCGUCCCUUGCCAGCCCUGGAGGAGCGUUUGAGUCGUGUGAGGUGACCGUUGACACGACACCGUCACUGGCCAACCUCCCCUUGGCAGAUGCAAAACUCGCUCGUUAUCGAGAUGAAUUUUGCUCUGCUACCAAAGAGACUCCGUCUACUGUCCAUGGCUUAACUGCCUCCUGGAUUCACCCAAUUAAGCAGUGGUUCAUGCUCUACCAAGGCCACAUUUGGUGGAUGAUGGCUACUGUUGCUGCUACAUUUGUAGUGUACCGCGUUGCGGCCAUGUUUCGAACACCAGCCUCUUCGAAACUACCCAUGCAAAAAUCAAAAAGAGGCUCGACAUGCGAAAGCGGCGGUGUAAAUAGAGCAGAGUAUAACUUACCUCUCCAUGUUAUCGCUCUUUUCAUCAUCUUCUUUGUAUCCUCGUUCGCUUGUGGCUUUCCUAUGUUGGCCCUCAAGUUCCCGCGACUACAUAUCCCGCAGUCCUUUUUAUUCGCUGUCAGGCAUUUUGGAACUGGUGUUUUGAUCGCCACAGCAUUUGUCCAUUUACUGCCCACGGCAUUCAUUUCUCUAGGAAACCCUUGCCUCUCCGGUUUCUGGACGAGUGACUACCCUGCUAUGCCGGGUGCUAUUGCCCUUGCUGCUGUAUUCUUUGUGGCCGUUAUAGAAAUGGUAUUCAGCCCGGCUCAGCACGUUUGUAGCGGCAAUAAGGAUAUGGAAAGAAUCGUUUGCCGCGAUGUUCCAUCAAACGAGCAAAAAGCGACCAGCGAUGAUUCAAAACUCAUGAAUACCCCAGAUGAAAUAUCUCGAAGCUUGAGCCGUCAUAAUAAGGAGCCGCAGGUAGAAGGGGGCCCCGAGACAAGGGUCCAGCUGGAUCGCACGCUCCCACAACACGCAGCUGAUGUCGAGCAUGCUGAGGAAGGAUCUGAUGGCACAUUCACCCCAAUCGUUCUAAGCCCAGAACAAAAACGCCAAAAGGCAUUUAUGCAAUGCAUCCUCCUUGAGAUUGGUAUUUUGUUCCACAGCGUCUUUAUUGGAAUGGCACUAAGCGUUACUGUUGGGAACACAUUCAUCGUCCUCCUGAUUGCAAUUGCUUUUCACCAAAGCUUCGAAGGGCUGGCUCUCGGUUCUCGCAUUGCGGCUUUGGACUGGGAACAAGGUGCCAUACAACCCUGGCUUAUGGCUAUGGCAUACGGCUGCACGACUCCAAUCGGUCAGGCACUUGGUUUGGCUACCCAUACCUUGUACUCUCCUGACUCCGAGGUUGGCCUGAUCAUGGUUGGCACAAUGAAUGCCUUAUCUUCAGGGCUUCUCGUAUAUGCUUCUCUGGUUGAGCUCUUGGCCGAAGAUUUCCUUAGUGACGAGAGCUGGCGUACCCUUCACGGAAAACGCCGUGUCUAUGCCUGCAUCCUUGUAUUCCUUGGUGCCUUCGGUAUGAGCUUGGUCGGAGCCUGGGCCUGA